AUGACCAGCCAGGGACAGGUCAUGUCACCGCAGAGCCCCCUGGGCAGCUCCUCCGCUGGCGGUCAGACAAACAAUAAUAAUAAUAACAACAAUAACAACAAUAGCAGCACAAAUAAUAAUAACAAUAAUAACAACAACAAUGAGGAGCAAGUGAAGCAACAACAACAGCAACAACAGCAACAGGCAUCCAGCAUAGCAGCCGCUGCAGCAGCUGCCAUGUACAUGGAUCCCAUGCGCUAUCAGCAUGCGCACCAUCCACAUCAUCCGCACCAGCAUCCGCAUUUGAAUCCCGCGCAUCAUCCGCAUCUAUUCCACACCAGCGAUCAGCUGCAGCAUCCACACGCCCAGCAUCUCCAAUCGCAGCAGACGGCGGGCAACGGAGGUGGUGGUGGUGGCGGUGGCAGCAAUAGCUCCCAACUCUCGCCGGGAGCGGGCAGCAACAGUGGGUUGACGUUGCAGCCGGCGGGCGGCGCCGUGUCGCCGGGCUCGACGGCGUCCAGUGUGCUGGGCGGUCAUCUCAAUUUGAAUGCGCAUUCGGCGGCGGCGCUGCAUCAGCAUCAUCACUAUCAGCACCAUCAUCACCAGCAGCAUCAUCACCAUCAGCAGCAGCAGCAGCAAUUGCAUGCGCGCCGCUUAUUCGAGCUCAGUUUGCAGUUUGGUGCGGCGGCAGCGCCGGGUGCAGUGCGUCAUUUCAAUAGCUUUGGGGGCGGCGGUGCGGGUGGUGAAUAG